GCUCUGGCAAAGUCAACAACGGAGAAGUGAAACCGAUUUUCUUAAAACUGAUUUCAGAGACCAGAUUAAAAGAGACAAUGGAUUCUGCUUUUAAUGACAAGCGCUUUGCUCAUGUUAUGAAAGAUCCACGAUUUCGUUCCAUGCCUAAAAAGGAACGUAAAGUGAAGAUCGACAAACGCUUUCAAGGAAUGUUCAAAGAUGAUAGAUUUAAGCUCAAGUACACAGUUGAUAGAAAAGGUCGCAAAACAAAUAAAACCACAGAUGAAGACUUGAAACGGUUUUAUGAAUUGUCUGAUGAAAGUGAUGAUGAUACCUCAGCGUCAGAUAUCAUAAGUGAAGGGGAAACAAAGAAAGAGGAAGGAAAGAAAAAUAAAUCUCAGAAGAAGAAAGCAGUUACAAAGAAACACAGGACAGAAAAGUCAGCUAGCACUGAAAGGAGGAAUAUUACAAAUUUGAAGAAGGACACAGACAUGAAGAUGAACCUAAAAUCAGGAAAGUCCAAAAUGUUGCCUAGCAAAAAGCUGAAAGAAAAUAAGACUUGCAAUGCAGAAAAUCAGAAUAAACUCGCAAGAGAAAAUAGCAGUGAGGAUAAUUUGUCAGAAGUAUCUGAGGAUGAGGAGGAUGAAGAGGAUGAAGAGGAUGAGGAGGAUUCCUCUACACACAGGAAGGCACAUCAGGCCAAGGAUACUACUCAGGAUUCGGCUGAAUCAGGGGUAGGAAGUGGUCCAGACUUAGCUCGAGGAGAAGGUAACAUUUCAUCCUCAUCAGACGAAGAAGAGGAUGGAGACUGGCAGCCAGAAAAAGAUAUUGAGAUAGAACACAACUGGGGAGAAGUGGACAAGGGUGUGGCAGAGGCCAAGGAGCUGGGUCGCAGGCUGGCUGUGUGUAACAUGGACUGGGAUAGGAUUAAAGCCAGAGACCUCUACGUCCUGUUCUCCUCCUUCAAACCAACAGGGGGGAUAAUUCAAUCAGUUACAGUGUACCCAUCAGAGUUUGGUAAGCAGAAAAUGGCAGAAGAAAACGCAAAAGGACCAGUAGAACUGAUGAAGACAAAGGAAAAUGAUCCGAUGGGAGAUGGUGAAGGAAGUGAGUACCACAUGGAAAGGCUGAGGCAGUACCAGCUGAAUCGUCUCAAGUAUUACUACGCCGUCCUGGAGUGUGACAGUGCCCAGACAGCCAGUCAUAUCUACGAUGAGUGUGAUGGGUUAGAGUAUGAAAACAGCUCCUCCAGGCUGGACCUGAGGUUCAUCCCCGACGACAUGGAGUUUGACCAGGAACCCCAUUCGGUUUGUAGGGAAACCCCGGAUUCAUCAACCUUUGAACCUUCUACCUUCCUUACUACUGCCCUCUGUCAGUCCAAGGUCGAGCUGACGUGGGAUGAGACAGACCGUGACCGUAUAUCCUUCACCAGAAAGAAGAUAUCUAUAGAGAACAUUAAUGAUGAUGAUUUCAAAGCUUACCUGGCCUCCAGCUCGGAGGAUGAAUCUGAUCCUUACAAAGGCCUUCAGGUGGAGGAUUCAGACCCAGGUGAGGCUGAUGAGGAGGAUGAGGAAACAAAAAUCCAGAAGUACAAGUCUCUGGUCAAAGAUCUGGAGGAGUCGGAGAAGCAGAAGGAGGACCGAGGUGUGGAGAUGGAGAUCACAUGGGAACCAGGAUUGAAAGAGGCCACAGAGGAAAUUGUCAAGAAAAAGGGGAGUAAGAAAGAGAUGUCUGUGUGGGAACAGUACCUGGAGAGGAAGAAAGACAAGAAAAGGAAAAAGCGAGAGGAAAAACUGAACGAGAGGAUGUCCAGAAAAACUCAAAGUCAAGUGACAGAAGAUGAGGAGGAGAAGGUAGCUGAGGAAGAGGGCAUGGCUUUUAGUGAUGAUGAGCUCCCUGAUGACAUUGAUAUGGAUGACCCUUACUUUAAGACUGAACAGGAGACAGGGAAAACCAGCAAAUCAGGUUCUAAGAAGAAAAAGGGAAAGAAGCAGAAAGUAAAGUUGACAGAUGCUGAAAAGGAGGAGAAAGAGCAGGAGCAGGCUGAGUUGUCACUUCUGAUGAUGGAUGAAGAUGAUGUGGAGAAGAAACAGCAUUUCAGUUUACAGAAGUUGUUAAAGACAGAGAAAUCCAAGAAGAAAAGGAAGAAGAGAGAUACUGAGGAAGACAUCACCACUGUGGAGGAUACCUUCCAGUUCAAUGUGGAUGACUCUAGGUUCAAGGCUAUGUACAAUUCUCAUCUCUACAACAUUGACCCAUCGGCCCCAGAGUUCAAGAGGACAGAUGUGAUGGACACCAUUAUAAAUGAAAAACUCAAACGACGGAAAAAGUCAAAAAACACUGGGCUGGGCCCAGAUACUGCAAACACAAAGGAAGUUCAUUUAGUGUCUCAUUUACCAGACGAUGGGAAAAAAUCAUCCUUACAAGACAGUGGGUCACAUAAACAUGUCAAAGACCCUUCUAUUUCUGCUUUGGUUAAUUCUGUCAAGUCCAAGACAAAAAAUUAUUACAGAAAGAAAUCCAAGUGAAGAGACAAAUUGUUUGGAUCUCCUACUGAAUAUUAUUGUUACGGGCUGUGCAUGUGACUGUUGACUUCAGAUAAAGAU